AUUCGGGGCAAAGCGAGAGCGGAGCGGCGCUCUCUCCAAGCACCAGCCCCGCGUCCCUCGACCCCUGCCCGCCCCUCUUCCCCCCACCCACCCUCUCCGCCCCACAAUGCGGCGGUGAAGUGGCGGAGUACGGAGAGCCCGGAAGGACGGAGCUCGGACGGAGGCUCGAGCGCCCGCACCCCGCCCCUCCUCCGGAUCCACGAUGUCGAACCGCAAGCACCGGGACAACCAGGAGAUCUGCGCGCGCAAGGUCCGCGAGCUGGCCCAGUCCGGAGUAAACAAACACUGCUUCGAGUGCAACCAGCCCGGGGUGACGUACACGGACGUGACCGUGGGCACCUUCGUGUGCACGUCGUGCUCCGGAAUGCUGCGAGGCCUCAACCCGCCGCACAGGGUCAAGUCCAUCUCCAUGACGACCUUCUCCCAACCGGAAGUGGAAUUCCUUCAAAACCACGGCAACGAGGUCGGCAGGAGGACGUGGCUGUGUGCCUCGGAGGCCAAGACGGUCGCCUGCCCGGACAUGAAGGACUCGCAGAAGUUCAAAGAGUUCCUGCAGGACAAAUACGAGAAGAAGAAAUGGCAUUUUUCCAAAAGUAAGAACCGGCGAGACGCGGAGGGACCUUGGAGCCCCGGCGUCCAGAGCGUCCUCCAUCACGUCCCGCCGGCCAGCCAGCAGCCCACUCACGGCUUGCCCCCCAACGCCCGGCCCGCCCGGACGCUGACGGCGCGGUCGGACCGACCCCCAGCCGCUUCGCCCGCCGACGCCUUGACCGCCCGGCCCUCACGCUCGCAAAGCUUCCGGGACCCGCCGCUGAGAGAGCACAACGUCUGCGGGAUUGAGAGACAGCGGCCGGGCUCGUUGUCUUCAGCUCCCGGUUCUUCCUUCCCCGCCCUCCCCCGGCCUUCAGGUCGCGCCCCGUCAUCGUCGGGCACCACGGGGCCCUUCAGGGCCUUUCCCAAAUCUCUCAGCUUGGACUUUGGCGGUCCGAAGCAGCCGCAGCCUCCUCUUCCUCAGUCCCUGUCCCAUCAGCAGCAAAGCGCCGGCGACGCCCGGGACAGGUACGCCGCGGUGUCCCACCUGGACAGCGUCUUCUCCGAAACAGCACCCCCUGCCGGGCUCCCGCAGUAUGGCGCCCUGUUUGGCAGCCGGCUCUCUUCUGGCUCCACUCGUGCCAGGUCGCUCAUUUUCACAACUUGGAUUUGCUCUGUGCUGUUUUCUCAAGCUCUGAAAUUCUUGCUUCUUCUCCCAGCAGCUCUCCGGGUCUUGAUACAACGUCCAAUUCGCAAACAUUCGCAAAUUUCCCGAACCCAUUCAGCUCCAGCUCCACUUCCCAGCAGCCCGCUGCGCUGUCCCCCAGUAACCCUUUCAGCAGCUCGCCAGGAGGCGACGGCCCGUUUGUCACCUCGCCCACUUCGGUGUUUCCGCCUCCCGCCUCUUUUCCCCAAGAGGUCGUCGCUAACCAGGAAGCUAACGGCUUCGCCGCCUUCCCCGCGUGCGACUCGCAGGCCAAAGUCCCUCGGCCCAUGUCGGUGAACCCUUUUACUGGCAACGUCUACCCCAGUCGGGCCACGUCGCGAAACCCUUUCAUCUGACUCGGCCCCCGGUGAUGCCCCUCACCUGUCCAUCUCUGGCAAAAGUGGACUGUCACCUCUUUCCUCCCAAUGUCGUCUUAUCCGGUGUUCACUUGGGGGGCCACGUGUUAAAAAAAAUGCCUGAAUGUAUUAUGACUUCAACUAGCCAUUUCUAUUUUAGCGCCUGGAGCAUUUUGGCAGGGGGUAAAAA